UCACUUGAGCACACAGCAUCACGAUGUAUAGACAAAUACUAGUCUUGUUAUGUGCAUCAAUCAUAAGGGAAUCUUAUAGCGCACGAAUAUUAGCCAUAUUUCCUACACCAUCAAUCAGUCAUCAAGUUGUGUUUCGGCCACUAACGCAAGAGUUGGCUAAACGUGGUCACCAUGUUACCGUCCUUACUACAGAUCCAGUAUUCACAAACAAGAAUAGACCAAAAAACCUCACAGAAAUUGAUGUCCAUGAUUUGUCGUAUACAAUGUGGAGGGAAAAGUUUACGUAUAACCAAGAAUUUGGAAAAAAGGAAACUAUCUACAAUCAAAUCAGAACAAUACUUGAUAUGAUCGUUCCUCUGACAGAAGUGCAGUAUAAAUCAAAACAAGUGCAAGACCUAAUUAAUGAUAAGAGCGUUCAGUUUGAUUUACUAUUGAUAGAAGCUUGGACACGACAGGCUUUAAUAUACUCGUAUAUUUAUAAGGCGCCUGUCAUACAAGUCAGCUCUUUUGGGGCGAUUUUUGAUCACGAUGAAACUGUGGGCUCGCCUGUACACCCAUUCCUCUACCCAAUACUGUGUCAACAGAGGAUUUAUAACCUAACAUUUUGGGAGAAAAUUGAAGAGCUUUACAAAUAUUGGUGGUUUAAAAGUUUGUGGUUUUCAAGGGAAGAUGAGGAGAUAAGAAAAUUACGAAAAUUCGUUGGAAAUGAUCUGCCACACUACAGAGAGCUGAGGAACAAUAUUGAUAUGGUCUUUUUAAAUACUCAUUCUAUGCUAUUGGAUAAUCAACCUUUGCCGCCUAAUGUUAUAUCGAUAUGGGGUAUUCAUAAAAAGCCAGAAAACGCAUUGCCGCAAGAUCUUAAAUCGUAUUUAGAUUCAUCGAAAAACGGUGUCAUUUAUAUAAGUUUCGGUACCAACGCGCCUUCGUCGACUUUACCAUCCGAAUUUAUUCAGUUAUUGAUACGAGUAUUUUCAAAGCUACCCUACGACGUAUUGUGGAAAUGGGAAAAGGAUGAAUUGCCUGGGAAAUCGGGAAAUAUACGAAUAUCCAAAUGGUUACCACAAUCAGAUCUAUUGAAACAUCCAAAAAUCAAGUUAUUUAUAACACAAGGUGGGCUACAAUCUACAGAUGAAGCAAUAACUGCUGGAGUGCCUGUUAUUGGAAUACCGAUGCUUGGAGACCAAUGGUACAAUGUAGAAAAGUAUGUGCAUUAUAAAAUUGGGAAGAGAUUGGAUAUGGAAUCAGUAAAUGAACAUAAUCUGAAGUCAGCUAUUGACACUGUUAUAAGCGAUGAAAGUUAUCGAAAGAACAUCUUAAAAUUGCGUAGACUAUUAAAAGACCAGCCCGAGAGCGGCCUCGAGCGCGCCGUGUGGUGGACGGAGUACGUGCUGCGGCACGGAGGGGCGAAGCACCUGCGCUCCCCCGCCGCCAACAUGCCCUGGACUGAGUACUAUGAGAUUGAAUUCAUAUCAAAACUAUUAUUACUUUUAGCUGCUAUUAUAGUACCAAUUUUAACAGUGAUUUACUAUGUUACUAUAAAACUAGUGCCUAAAUCUAAGUUAAAAGUUUCUUAGUUUACAUUUGAGUUAGGUAAAAUUUUAUAGUUAUUAAU